CAAAGAUCAUCUCAAAGUCCAGCGUUUCUCCUCUACCUCCCGCUACCUGCGCCUUUCUCUUUCUCUCCUUCUACAGCCAGUCUUUCUUUACACCUCCCGUCGCCUCAGCAGCAGUCGUGCUCUUCAAGCGUACAAGAGCCAGAUUCUUGUUCAUGCGCGGAGUCGAAUGUAUGUUUGUUGUGCGGGAGAAGAUGAUGUUGGUUGUUAAUCCUUGCAAUCUUGGUUCUUGAAAAAGUGGAGUUCAAUUUUGAAGGUGGAGGAGAAAAUGUCGUUUGAUCUUAUGUUGAAGCCAUCAUGUAGUGGAUGUGGAUCGACCCAAGAGUUAUAUGGAAGCAACUGCAAACACAUGACCCUGUGCUUGACUUGUGGCAAAACCAUGGCUGAGAACCGUGGGAAAUGCUAUGAUUGUGGUGCUACAGUCACUCGUUUGAUUCGAGAGUAUAAUGUUCGAGCAAGUUCUAGCAGUGACAAAAAUUACUUUAUUGGUAGAUUUGUGACUGGGCUACCCAGUUUUUCAAAGAAGAAAAGUGCCGAGAACAAAUGGUCUCUCCAUAAAGAUGGACUUCAAGGACGUCAACUUACAGAUGCUUUGCGGGAGAAAUACAGGAAUAAGCCUUGGAUGUUGGAGGAUGAAACGGGUCAGUCUCAGUACCAAGGCCAUCUUGAAGGUUCACAAUCAGCAACUUACUACCUAUUGAUAUUGCAGGGGAAAGAGUUUGUUGCUAUUCCUGCUGGUUCUUGGUAUAACUUUAACAAGGUUGCUCAGUAUAAGCAACUUACCUUGGAGGAAGCAGAAGAGAAGAUGAAGAACAGGAGAAAGACUGCAGAUGGAUACCAAAGGUGGAUGAUGAAAGCUGCAAAUAAUGGUGCUGCAGCAUUUGGCGAAGUUGAAAAAUUUGAUGAUAAGGAAAGUGGAACUGCUGGUGGAAAAGGUGGCCGUAAAAAACCAGCUGGUGAUGAAGAAGAAGGCAACGUGUCUGACAGGGCGGAGGAAGAUGAAGAAGAGGAGGCAGCAAGGAAAAAUAGACUUGGACUAAACAAACGCAGUGGUGAUGAUGAUGAGGAAGGUCUAAGGGGAGGAGAUCAUGAUAUGGAUGAUGAUGAUAGUGAGAAGGGUGAUGAUUGGGAGCAUGAAGAAAUUUUCACUGAUGAUGAUGAAGCUGUUGGUAAUGAUCCUGAGGAACGGGAAGAUUUGGCUCCUGAGGUUCCUGCUCCUCCAGAAAUCAAGCAGGAUGAAGAAGAUGAAGAUGAAGAGAAUGAGGAAGGUGGACUGAGUAAAUCUGGUAAAGAGUUGAAGAAGCUUCUUGGGAAAGCUGCUGGACUGAAUGAUUCAGAUGCAGAAGAUGACGAUGAUGAUGAGGAUAUGGAAGAAGAUGUUUCUCCUGUCUUGGCUCCAAAGCAGAAGGAUGCACCUAAGGAGGAACCUGUUGACAACAGUCCUGCAAAACCAAUGCCUUCUAGUUCUGCUAAGGGAACCCCGUCUAAUUCCAAGUCAGCAAAGGGAAAAAGGAAAUUAAGUGGUGAUGAUGCAAAAACAUCUAGUGGUGCACCUCAAAAGAAAGUGAAGGCGGAAAAUGACUUAAAACCUACUGUGAAAGAAGAACAUGCGCCUACUGCUAAAAGUAGCCCGACUCCUAAAGGGGCAACUUCAUCAUUGAAACCAGGUUCAACAUCACCUGUCACUGAAGAAGAGAUCAGGGCUGUUUUGUUGCAAAAUGGGCCAGUGACUACACAGGAUCUUGUUGCUCGGUUUAAAUCGCGACUGAAAGGUUCUGAGGAUAAGAAGGCUUUUGCAGAAAUCCUGAGAAGAAUAUCUAAAAUUCAGAAGACCAGUGGAUCUAACUAUGUUGUUUUAAGAGAGAGAUAGAUCUUUUUUCUUUUGUCUGUCUCAUAUAUCUUUAAGAAACUGCGAGCUUAUGCUUCUAACCUUAUACGUGAAUUCUACUGCCGACCCCAAAACUCGCCAAUCUAUGAACUUGAUGCUUGGGAUAUGCUCUUUAGCAUAUGCCAAUUUGACAAGGAAACAUGUUAAUGUAAAAUUUCCUAGCUGCUGUUGAGAAGUCUUUCUUGUUCACUAACUUUUAAUGGUCGUUCUGUAUGUGAUAAUCAGAGCUCGAAUAAUGUUCAUACUUCUGCCCAAAUAAUAUUUUUGGCAUGUGUUUUUAACGAACCAAAACUAUUUCGGUUCAAGCAGAAAAGUGCUAAAAUCCAUUUUGUAGUA